AUGGCUGGAAAACAAUCAAAAACGGCCAAAAGAGCUAGCAAACAGAAUGGUACACGGGUGGUUGCCCCAGAAGUAUUUGAAGAUUCUCAAGCAAGAAAUCAAUUGGCUCACGUCCCUGAACAAACUGCAAAGUCGGUCCGCAAGCCAACUAAAUUGAAGGUGAAGAAGGAUCAAGCUCUAACGAGACUUUAUGGUAGGCGCAAAGAGCCGGCGAAAGCUUACUCCGAAAGAGAGCUCAAUGUUCCAACGCUAAAUCGUGCCAUUGUCCCUGGUGUGAAAAUGAGAAGAGGGAAGAAAGGUAAAAAGCUGGUGAACGAUAAUGACACGGUUCUCUUAAGCAGACUGAUCAAUUCGAUUGGUGACAAGAACGACGAAAUUACAGAAAGCAAGCUUGAAAAGGCCAGGCGAUUAGAGGAGAUUCGGGAAUUGAAGAAGAAAGAGAUCGAAAGAAAGGAGGAAGCAAAGAAAGAGAAAUUGGACUCAAAGAAGAUUGAAAUCAAAAAGAAGUCAUCUGUUGCUAGGACAAUACGCAGGAAAAAUAAGAGAAGUGAAAGAAAGCAGGAAAGUGAUGCGGCCAAAAUCAAGAGUGACAAACCAUCGAAAAAAGUCAGCUUUGCUUAA